AUGGACGCACCAGUGGUGCCAGUGGUGCAUAUGGCAUUGCUAACCAGUGCGCUUGACAUCAUCGACAUCGAGCUGGUCUGCCUCGUGGAAGAUGUCCAAGAUGCUGGGCACCAGGGCACAGCGGUACUCACAUACUGUGAGAGGGUGUCCAAGAGACGCAGAGUUCUCAACAAUCUCAAGCAGACCGACAUGUAUCACCUCGCCAAAGCGAAUGUGGCCAAAAUAGCUGCCAAAGAGAAUGAUGGCAACAUGAACUCGAACAAUAUGAACUCGAACAACAAGAAGUCUGGACCUGGUCUCCCCAGUCCUCCGAUGACACCACGAGAUAUUGAGGACAUGUCAAAGAGAGAUUGGGAGAAACAGUUUUUUGUCUUCAAGACCAGACUACGUGAGUAUGCCCAGUGCAUGCAGGCUAAGGCGACUCCGGAUGCUGCUUUUCGAGCCGCUGAGAGACAGCUCAUCGAUUUGCUCGGUGCAGCUCCGCUCGAUGACGAUCCCAUCGAGGAGCCCUCGCCGCAAAGCGGUGCCAAGGAGAACUUUGCCCUGCACCUUGAAUAUCGCGGCUGCCCAACUCGGGAGAUCGAGACAGAGGUGGGCUUCGGCGUUACUUGCUCUGCCGCUGCGCGCCCAAAGGGAGUGACGCGCACAGGGAGGGCCUUGUCGUCGACGGUAGCAACGAGACACCCGAAGAGGCAAUCCUCCGCAUUAACCACGAGAUUAGCGAGGCGAUCGAGUCGGACGAUGCGGUCAGAGCUGCGCAGGCGCAGCGCGAACUCGGAAAGAUCCACCUGGACAAGCCGUCCGUGGCCUGUCGCCACCUCAUUCGCGAGGACUGCUUUUCUGCGUCGGCAAUGCUCCGCUUAG